UAAAUAUAAAUUUAAUAUGCAUCUGUUUCAUAUUUCAUACUAUACAUGCAGUAAUUGCCUUUAUCACUGUAUCAUGGCAGCCAGAGACUGGAUUUAUGUUUCUUCUGUGGCAUUCUUUGUUGCACUGGGUGCUUUCUUGUCUGGAUACAGCAUUGGGUCUUACAAUGGGCUGCAAAACUUUGCUGGUUAUCUAGAGUACUUCGAUCUUGGGAGCAGCACUGCAAAUUCUAGCUGCACUGAAACCUCAGACUUGAAAGAAGAUGACAGGAUCAUACUGGGAUCCAUCAUUUCGAUUUUGAGUCUUGGUGGAGCCGUUGGUAAUCUCUUUGCUGGCAAGCCUGCUGACUACUUUGGCCGUAAAGUAACUAUUAUGAUGUCAGGAGUGCUGAUAGUUCUUGGAGCAGCGAUACAGUGUGCUGCAGUACAGGGAGCACCAUGGAUGGAAAUCUUGGGUCGUUUUAUUGGUGGACUUGGAUAUGGCUCAUUCUAUUUGGCUGGCCCUGUGUACAUUGCUGAGAUUGCUCCAGCGCAUAUUCGAGGAACCUUGACAUCUCUUGUCGGCCCAACCAUAGCAAUGGGAAUAAUGACUGGCUAUGUCACCAACUUCCUGCUGUACGAUGAGCUGUUUGGUUGGAGGGUGUCUCGUCUACUGUCUUGUGUCUUUGGUUGUGUCUACAUUGCCGGCAUGACCUUAAUGCCCAGGACCCCAAGGUGGCUCAUGGUGCAGGGGAGAGAGUCAGAGGCACGAGAGGUACUCAGAAAAACUGUCUCCAAGCUGGGACAGGGGGGAAUUGAAGCUGAGCUAGAGGAUAUUAGACAGUCUUUGAACUCGGGACCAAAGAUUAAUAUCUUACAGGAGCUUAAACUAAUUCUGAAAUGGAGAAAUCUUAAACGGGUCUUGCUGGGAGCACCUCUUCACAUGUUUUCAGCUGCUUGUGGAACAGCAAUAUAUUUCUACUCUGAGCCGUUGUUCUGUUCUCUGGGGAUAGUUCCGUUUGUGACUGCUCUUAAUUGUGAUUGGAGGAUUGACUCUCUGUGGAACCACCUUCACGACCAUCUUUAUCGACAAGCUUGGCAGAAAGCCGAUGCUGGUGGGAGGUGGUAUAAUGAUGUUUCUCUUCACUGGAACAGCUGCUACACUAGUCUAUGCCUUCGACUUGGAGGAAGAGAAUGAUGAAGUCGUUGGCUAUAUUGUUGUGUGUCUGGUCUGCCUCUUUAUGUUAGUCUACUCAUCCACCUGGUAUGUCAUUCCGUGGGUUGUCACCAGUGAGAUGUUUCCUUUGGAGGGACGAGGACUUGUUGUGGCCAUCUCCACGGCAAUCAACUGGGUCUUUGCAUACACAUUCACUCAAGCCUUUCCCUCAAUUCUGGCCUCCAUUAACUCGU